AGCGCAAAGCAGAGAGGAGAGGAGGAAUCCUGGGCCGAAGUAGUGACUGCGACAGAACAUUGGGAGUCAUAUCGGAUAUAUUUCAUCGCAUAGCUAUGGUUACAAAGACAGAACAGUGAGAUCGGACGUUUUUCAGACAUGUGGGUUAGCUGAUGUUCAGUGAGAUACCAAUCUGGUCCUGGAUUCACCCAUCAAAGUUUUGGCUGAAGAAGUUCACAGCGGUACGGCUAGCCAUUAACGUUAUCUCCGGGACUGUCUGCACCGCUGACACAGCCCGACGCCACAAAAACAGAAAACAUGGUGUCCUGGAUUAUUUCGAGAAGCGUUGUGCUGGUGUUUGGGACCCUGUAUCCUGCAUACUACUCUUACAAAGCUGUCAAGACCAAAAAUGUCAAGGAAUACGUGCGGUGGAUGAUGUACUGGAUUGUUUUUGCCCUCUACACUGUGGUGGAGACCAUCACUGACCUCACACUGGCAUGGUUUCCUCUCUACUAUGAGCUGAAGAUAGCUUUUGUGAUCUGGCUGCUGUCCCCCUACACCAGAGGAGCAAGUCUCAUUUACAGGAAGUGUCUGCACCCUCUACUGUCCUCGAGAGAGAGGGAAAUAGAUGAGUAUAUUGUGCAGGCCAAAGAGAGAAGCUAUGAAACCAUGGUGAACUUUGGCAAGCAGGGCCUGAGCAUCGCAGCCACCGCCGCUGUCACUGCAGCUGUCAAGGGUCAGGGUGCCAUCACCGAGAAGCUGCGUAGCCUGAGUAUGCAUGACCUCACACAGAUAAGCCAGCAAGAUGAUGGAGGAAACCAGCUGUACCAGUAUAGCUCCCACUCAGCCAAUCCUGCCAUCAGGAGAUCUCAGAGCACUGAUGCUGCUGACGGAGCAGAGUACCUCUAUGACCAGGAGGAGAGGACAGAUGAGGAGGCAGAGCCGACCUUCUCUGAGGACGAGGCCGUCAGUCAGAAAGGACUGAGACGGUCGCAGAGUGUCAAGCUCGCACGGUCCAGAGUUCGCAAAGAUGCUCGUUAUGGAUCCCUGAAGAUUAAAGGCAAGAAGAGACCAGCUCUGAGCUCUGUUAACUAUGGAAUGUGAAAAGACUGCUGACACACACACACACGCACACACACACGUACACUCACAGCAGGUCAGUCUGCUGAUUGGUGGAUGGUAUUGUCAGCCUGUAUUCCAGCUCUUCUCAGUCUGACUUGUCAAUCUGCUGAACUCUUUAAUCUCUCAGAUGAUGAGCUCUCUGCUGACAUAUUUAUUACCUAAUUCAUCCAAAACCAGACACUCUUAAAGAGAUUUUACUCCCAGAGAACUCUUGUGUUUGUCUUUGGGAUGAUAAUGUACAGAAUAUUUUUUGCAUGGACUUAUGUUUGUUUCAUCUGUUUUUCAUUAGAAUGGUAGUGUUUAGGUGUGAUGUUAUAUAUCUGUGGUCUUUUAGAUCCAUCUGUCCUCUUUUUGUUUAAUUUCACAUGUUUGAGGUACCACUUUCUCAUAAGGCAUCCUCUAUGGAGCAGUCAUUAACCAUAACUAAUGACUUAAAUAGCAGUUAAGCUAUUAACUAAUGCUUUAUGGCACAGCUAUAAGCUGUUAAUAAGAACAACUUCUCAGUUGCCAGGUUUUGAAAAAUCUUUCUGGCUGAUGAUAAUCCUCAACAAGCUGUUAACACAACACAGGCAUGUUAUCACCUUUUAGCUCACAUUACACAUUGAUCCACUGAUAAUAUAAAAUAAUGAUUAAUUCUACUCCAUGUAACCAUUGAACAAAGAUAUAACACGUUCUUCCUCUUAGAAAUGAAAAGUUGAAUUCAUAAGCAAUAAAACAAACCUUGGCUCGUUUUCUCUCCUCAGGGCUUUUACAGCUGGUCUUACUUGUUCUAUUACAAUCACUUAACAAAUUUUAGAUAGAUAAGGCUGACAUUACUGAGUCAGAUUUCUAACUAGUAACUUCUAAUGGUAUGCUACAUUUUAGUGCACAACACAUUUGAGACAGAAUUUGAGAAACAUUUUAAUUCUUUUAUCACACUUACAUUAACUGUAGGUGUCACUUUCUGGCUGCUGUUAAUCAAAAUACACACAGUUCAAAAUGCACCACAAGUACAAUUAAAUAGUCACUGCGUGCAACAUGAAGCAGUUUCUUGUAGUGGCAAACUGAUGCAGAGUUAUCACCUGUUUCCACAGUUGCUCUCAGCUCUACAGUUUUUCAGCAUCUUUUAGCUCAUGGUUUUUGUUUUAACAGGCGGGACUUUACUGUCUUGGUUUCAGGAAGCUGUUUUCACAGAAAAAGCUCUGACAGAGUCACUGUCCACUCAGCAGAAAACAGCAGACAAACACAGUCAGAGACAAGCUGCUGAGGAAAGCAGAAUAUUGAAUAUUUCAUGAGCUUUAAAGGCUUACCAACUAUUUUAGCAGCAAACGUCACAACAAGCCAAAAAUAUUUUUAACUACCUGGCAUUCCAACAGUUGUUUUUAUUAUUGGUUUAUAAAUGACCUACAAAGCAUUAUGAAAUGAUUUUUAUUAUCCAUAGAGGGAGAUGUCAGUUUCAGCUUUAAUCCCCUUUAUGAAGCAUACCUUUUUAAAAGUGGGACAGUUUUGCUUCUGCUGCCUUUCAGGUAUUUUAUCAAUGAGGAGCUUGUUCCUCUGGAAGCACUAGUGUUGGAGUUUGUUAACUUCUGUAUGGCUCAUUAUAUAAAUGGAGACUAUUUUUACUUUGGUUGACACAUUUAGGCUCAGGCACAUGCAACAUUCCCUGUCACAGUGGUGACAACAUGAAUCACAGCAGGAUAACAGCAGUCCGAACUUGAACUUUUGAACUUUAAGAGAGAAGUGAAACACAGUGUGUGAAACACAACAGAUGAACACUAUCCCUUACUGCUACUAAGAAAGGCAGUGAACACCAAUGAAGAGGAGGAAAGGGAAAAGAAAGCCAAAUGAAUGAAACAAAGUGAUUCUUUCAGGUUUCUAUCAGAGACUUUACGUUUUUCUGAAGGCUCAGAACUCCCACUCAUGAUUUCUUAUUUUCCUGCUUUUUACUUGUGUAUUUUUAUGUCUGUGUGUCCUGAUCACACCCUUGGUUGUAAAUUUCUAGCUGUAUUAGCUGAAAAUUAGCUUUUUGAAUGUUAUUACUUUUGUAACCACCUUUUUUGCACAUAUACCUCCUUCCAAAUCUUUUUUUAAAUCAGUGCUAUUAUUGCUUGUCAUCUCAUUUUAUUAUGUUGUUUGCUGUGGGAGGAUGCAGCACAGAAUGAGCUUAACAAUUCUUGAUGAUGGGUGCGAAUACUAACAGCAUCUCAUUGCAUUUUAAAGUUUGACUUGUUUUUGUCUUCUAGUAGUGCAAUCAGUGCUCCACUGCUAACAAACAGUAAAGCAUUCAUUCAUCAGUUGCUGUGUGGUGGAGAGAUAGAGGAGGCAGUUUAUAUUGUUUCUCUGGCAGAAACAUUGUCCUUCUGAUCUGUCACUGUGUGUUUGAUUUGAAAUUCAACCGCAGUAGCAAUUUGAACUAAUACGAUUUGCAAACCGCAAAGACUGCAAUUAUUUUUACAGCAGAGAGUCAGUGGACACAUCGUUACACUUUUUUUAGCUGCCUCACAGUUCACACACAGAGCACUGCAGGAGCAACAGAGUGACAGGCUGUAAAUCUUUACAACCACAUCUGGUCUUACAUGACCAAACCACAAAACUAACUGUGGAGUUAGAUACUUGAUGAAAACAGAGGGCAGAGCAACACCGCGAUGCAGGCAGUGUGAGUCACUCUGACUCUCUCCACUCCAGUAUCAUGUUCUACCUGCUGAGAGCUGUAUGCUAGUCCCAAGAACGGACACAGCUAAAACUGAAAUUACCGGUGAUGUAACAAGUUAAAAGCAGCUGACAGUGUCAAGAGGCCGGCAAGGGAGUGUUGUAGCGGCGGCCCGCCACAGGAACAUUGCUGCCACUGAUAUUUAAAGUUGCAAAAUACCCGGUAGAGGUGAGAAGGAGAGAGGAGGAAGAGAAAAUGAGAGAAAAUUCUAGAAUGAACUAGCUAACAUUAAGUUCAGAUUUGUAUUUGUAUUCUGUAUUUUCUACUGGGACAAAUAAACUCCCAUAGAGUUUUAAUCAGCUGUGUCUGUCUCUACCCGCUCUCUGUGUGCCUGUCAGUCUCAAGUGACAAGUGAAUGUAGUGCUACUGUUUGUUCUGUGAGAAUUAUUCUAUGGUUCAUUAUGUGUUUGUUUUGUUAGAAUAAAUACAUUUUGGAUUUGUAUAUUUUCAUCCUCAUCCUUGGAUUAGUUCACAGAGCUGUUAAUAUUUCAAUGAUCUGUUAAAUGGUAAUGCUCCAUCACAUGUAUUACAUGUGUAUAGUGAAUCCUGGACUCCAAAGUUAUACCACAAAUCAAAUCGCAGUUGCAUCAUUGCAAUAUAAUAUUUUGAUUCAGCACUACGUCUGGUCCAGAGUAGAGAGACUUCUGUUGAUUUAUUUGUGUUCAUGGAAACUCCAGAACUGACAUAGACGGGUGACAAAUUAAAGGGAAACCCUGAACUGAGUGGCAUCUUCCAGGAUAACAGUGUCUGUUUGGAAAGUUAAAGAACGAGGACUGGAUUUUAUCCUCCAUCACUUGUAUUGAAAUCACUGCAGGAAGGGAUCUUUGUACAGCCAGUUUGGAGAAGAGGAACAAUUACAGCAACCAGUAACUUUCAAUGUACAUAUGGACAUGUGACUGCUGUGGUCAGCAGGGCUGUCACUUUUUUUUUUAUCUGAAAUUCAAACUCUGGCUCAAAUGUGACAAUUACAAAAAUGAAUUGUCUGAAUUGUACUUCAAACUUUAUAGUUUGUAAACACAAGUCCUUUAAAGUAGUUUGUAUUGUUAAAAUCCACCAUCAUUCUGACCUAUUGCUGCCCUACUGCCUUAGAAAAGGAAGCCAAUAAAUAAAUGAAUGGAGGAGACUAAGGGAUAGGAUAGGAGAGGAUAAUUAUAACACCAAAGCAUCUGAGAAGCAGUGUGUGGAAUAUUUUGGAUUCAGCCGUUGUUUUAAGAGUUUUAGUUUAAGCACAAAUGAUGUUUCAUGCAUCUGCACAGCUGCAGACUGUGGAGACUCAUGGUGAAACAACACCUUUCUAAAGCUGUCAUUAUACUAUACUUCUCACUUGCACCUAUGCAAACCCGUAGUGGAGUAUAUCAGGGCCUUAUGACCCUGUUGGCUAUUGCUUUCAUGUGUCACUCAUUUGUAUUUCUGGGACAGCCUCUGAAUCCCUCCCUCCUCCAUGAGUAGCUCUGUUAAGAACAAAGUAUUAUAUGGUAUGUCCCAAUAAUUGUCCUCUUUAUGAGGCUUUAUGGACAGGAUGCCAUAGUCCUGUUUGGUUUUUACUGGGGUGCAACAACAAGCCAAACUUGCUCAUGUCAUGAUGUCCAUUUAAUGCUCAGAACUGACUAAUGAUACCAAAACAUCAUUUACUCACCCAGAGCUGUGUGGCUGGGUUGUUUUGGUCUUUGUAUGUAAAAUGUCUGGUGUGUGGACUGCUGGAUUGUAAAUGCAGUAAAAUAAAGGUUGUCUGAUGGGCAACAAAA